UCAGCAUCUCCUUAUUUGGCUAGCUGAAACCGAUCCAGACUGCAUGAAAAGCAACACACUAUGAAGUGACCUGUUCCGAUCAGACCAUGGCACUUGUUUGCUUUUACUCUACUUUGCAAACACGACAAGGCCUCUUAUCUGAAAUAAAACAUACAACAGUGAACUACAAGACCGUGGCUAGAAAAUGUAUUGCCACUCAAGAGGCAUACCCGUGCGAUUGUUCAUCCAAGAAGCACGGCCAUGCUUUCCUCCUGCUGCGGCUGCGCCAAGGUUCUGUUUUUAUUAUGAAUGCAUUUUUCAUAUAUCUCCCUCUGAGCAAGUAUCAUUAUCUCCUUCCGCGUGCUGUCAGUGUAACAAGGUCAACGGCACACAUUACGAUAUUUCUCUUACUCGACCUAUCAUGUCAUCACUCGUGUAAUAAUCAAGACACCUCACACCACUGCCUCUGCUGCUGCUGCUACUGAGUCUCUUGGCUGUCACUAGUUUCCACCACUGUGCUACUCCCGGCCUGAGAAACUUGUCAAAGAAGUUUACCUACUAUGCUCAAGAUGUAUCCACCAUCCAU